AAAGAAAGAUGCAGAUUUGUCCGUGGCUCAGAGUCGCAUUAAGGAUCUUGAAGCCCUGUUCCAUAGAAGUGAAGCAGAACUCAGUACUGCUCUUAAUGAGAAGCGCAGUUUGGAAGCAGAGGUUGCUGACCUGCGGGCCCAGCUUGCUAAGGCAGAAGAUGGUCAUGCUGUGGCUAAGAAGCAAUUGGAAAAGGAGACAUUGAUGCGGGUGGACUUGGAGAAUCGCUGCCAGAGCUUACAAGAGGACCUGGAUUUCCGGAAGAACAUAUUUGAGGAGGAAGUAAGAGAGACAAGGAAACGGCAUGAGCACCGUUUAGUUGAGAUAGACAGCAGUCACCAGCAGGAGUAUGAAUCCAAAAUGGCCCAGGCCCUGCAGGAUCUGCGCAAUCAACAUGAUGAACAGGUCAAACUGUACAAAAUGGAGCUGGAACAGACCUAUCAGGCCAAGUUGGAGAACGCCAAACUGUCCUCUGACCAAAAUGACAAAGCUGCUAGCGCUGCCCGGGAGGAGCUGAAGGAAGCUCGCAUGAGGAUAGAGUCUCUCAGCUACCAGCUUUCUGGCUUGCAAAAACAGGCUAGUGUCGCAGAAGAUCGCAUUCGGGAACUGGAGGAUAUGAUGGCUGGUGAGCAGGACAAGUUCAGGAAGAUGCUAGAUGCCAAGGAAAGGGAAAUGAUGGAAAUGAGGGACCAGAUGCAGCAGCAGCUUGCAGAAUACCAGGAACUGCUUGAUGUCAAAUUAGCACUGGACAUGGAGAUCAGUGCCUACCGAAAACUUCUGGAGGGUGAGGAAAAGAGAUUGAAGCUGUCGCCAAGCCCGUCCUCCCGUGUUACAGUCUCCAAGGCUACCUCCAGCAGCAGUAGCACCAGCACUUCAGUUGUUCGCUCUUCUCGAGGCAAGAGAAAACGGGUUGAAGCAGAGGAGCUUUCAGGCAGUGGUACAAGUGGAAUUGGCACUGGGAGUAGUAGUGGUAGCACCAGCGGUAGCAGCAGUAGUUUCCAAAUGUCCCAGCAAGCCUCAGCCACAGGAGGCAUCAGCAUAGAAGAGAUAGACCUGGAGGGAAAAUAUGUUCAAUUGAAGAACAACUCUGAGAAGGACCAGUCUCUGGGUAACUGGAGACUGAAGAGACAAAUUGGAGAUGCGGAAGAAAUUGCUUAUAAAUUUACUCCAAAGUAUGUCCUCAGGGCUGGGCAAACUGUUACAAUCUGGGCUGCAGAUGCAGGUGUGACUCAUAGCCCCCCUUCUGUCCUUGUGUGGAAGAAUCAGAGCAGCUGGGGCACUGGAGGAGACAUCCGCACAUAUCUGGUGAACUCUGAUGGAGAGGAAGUUGCAGUAAGAAGCAUCACAAAAUCAGUUGUGGUGCGGGAGAAUGAGGAGGAGGAUGAAGCAGAGUUUGGAGAAGAGGAUCUCUUUCACCAGCAGGGGGAUCCCAGGACAACGUCUAGAGGAUGUUCAGUGAUGUGAAAAAACAUUAUUAUUUGCUACUUUUUUCCUUUCUUUCCUUUUAUUUUUGCUAUUUUUUUUCCUCCAGAGCCACUGAAAACUAUUUUUAUAUGUAUCAUCUGAUUUCUUUAAAAGUUUAUUCCUUGUUACAUUUUUAUAGAAAAAAAAAUUAAUCAAGCAAAACUGCCAGGAUUUUUAAAUAGAUUUCUUUAUCCUCCCCCCUUGCCUACUAUGGGAAUAUUGGAUUAUUUCCCCACCAUUAAAACUUUUGUCUUAUAUACAAACCUGCAGUAGAAUGAAUUUUAAGCUAAAAUGGGACAGGACUCCUUCAGAGUAGGGUAAAUAUUAGGGCUGUUGAUUAAUCGCAGUUAACUCAUGCGAUUAACUCAAAAAAAUUAAUCACAAUUAAUCUCACUGUUAAUCAAAAGAAUACCAAUUGGAAUUUAUGAAAUAUGUUUGGAUGUUUUCCAUACAUUUUCAAAUACAUUGAUUUCUG